CUGGGGAAUUUCAAAAAUAAUGUGCGCAAUAAAGCAGCUCCUGAGGGGUGCAUUGCGGAGGGGUACAUAGCGACCGAGCUGGUAACGUUCUGUUCAAGGUAUCUGAAUAACGCACCAACAUUCCACAACAGACCUCAGAGGAAUCCUGAUGGAUCCAAGGGAGCGGGCACGCGUGUUACCAUGAACCGGUUGAUAAUGCACCAGAUUCAUCGUUAUAUUGUGUUCAACUCUGAAGAGUUUCACAAUUUGCGGACGAUGCACAAAGACGCGCUUAGGCGAUCAUGCACUAGGGGUCGCAUUACGGAGGCUCUUAUUGAAGCACAACAUCAUGAGCAGUUCUGCGAAUGGUACCGUGCAUAUGUCGAUGGCCUGGACGAUCAACGUAGGGAGGAAUUGGGCCACAAGUUGGUUAUGCGUUGUAGAGGGCUAAAGGAGACAGCGGUGAAGUACAACAGGUACGUGGUAAAUGGAAAAUUAUUUCGCACGCUUGCUCAUGAUGUGGGAAGGAGGACUCAGAAUAGCGGCGUCUGUGUUCCUACCGUUGAAGGCGAAACGUACUACGGACAGUUAACCGAUAUAUUUGAGGUCGAGUACUAUGACAGGACUACGUACGUCUUAUUUAAGUGCAAUUGGGCAGACCCCACAAUGGACAGAGGAUUCACAAUAGACGAGUAUGGCCUAGUGUUUGUCAACUUCAAUCACCUCGUCCACAGGGGAGAACAGAUUCAGGACGAGCCGUACGUGCUUACAUCUCAGGUGGAUCAAGUAUUCUACGUAGAAGAUGGAAGGAACCCAAAUUGGGUUUGUGCGGUUAGGACCAAACCGCGCAACGUGUACGACGUUGGACAGGGGGAUGGGAGUAAUGAGGAUGGUACAACCUACCAUGAGUGCGUACCGCUCGUACUAGCCACUGCUGACCUACCAGAUACGAAUGACGAAUUCGAGUACGACAGGCCCGACGUAGAUCCUAUUGAAGCUCCCGUGAUACAAUGAUUGAUGUAUUUGUUGUAUUGAUGGACCAGAGACCCCCUCAUUAUGCGUAUCGGGCACCUAGCCCACCCGUGCCCCCCAUGACCACGCCCACUGUUUCGACGGCAUUGUAUUCUGCAGCGUGGCCACACCACCCAGACGGGCCUUAUAGACCAUUGUUGCCGGGUACGGUGGCCGUGCCCACGUCAGAUCACGGACAGAGCAGCACAGCUGGACCUUGCAGCUCUCCAUUGUCGGAGCUGCCGACAUUAUCUCAGAUAGGGUUCACCCAACCGGGUAACGCAUAUCGAUGGUGGCUGCGAGAAGGGAUGGGGUCACAGGGUUAUGCGCCGUACUUUCCGUAUACGUAUAGUGGACCUAUGACGUGUAACCCUGAUAGUGAGACGCAGGAUGUAGGAUUUCCACUGUCACAGACCGGGGAGAUGCAGAUGCCGGCUAUGGGGUUGGGACAGAUACCGGCACAGGCGGCGAUGCCUGGCCAGAUUUUGGGGCCGAGACAGAUGCCAGCAUCGGGGGCGAGUCAGGGCCCGGGCCCGAGACAGAUGCCAGCAUCGGGGGCGAGUCAGGGCCCGGGGCCGAGACGGAUGCCAGCAUCGGGGGCGAGUCAGGGCCCGAGGCAUGUAGAGAGCCAGAUGCCUUUAUCUGGUGAGAGCCAGAUGCCACUUUCCGGUGAGAGUCAGAUGCCACUUUCCGGUGAGAGUCAGAUGCCACUUUCCGGUGAGAGUCAGAUGCCAGAUGUGGGGGGGAGCCAGAGUACCCAUGAGGAGGACGUUGCGAUGUUGGGUACCGAUCAGUUGGCCCCCGGUAGUCCCCAGGAUAUGGAUUCAGAUGAUGAUCAGCAGAAUCCACAAGCCGGAGGGGUUGGGGAGGAGGUUGCGGGCGACCCAGCGACCCAGCACAUACGGAUUGAGCAGAUUCGGUUGAUGGGGUACAACCCAGACGGGACCAUUUAUUAUGAGGUGAUUGACGACCCAGCGAGAAACUGGGUCCUCCCGAGGGGUAAGAAGGUUGUAUUGCAGUACAAUGCUGCUAUACAACCUGUAGGACGGGCCUGCAAUCGAUUUCGGCGGGCUGAGGGCAAGAUGAUCAGGAGUGGGUCCUACAUACACAUGCGGGACGAAUGGGCGAAGGUAAAUAGGCAGAUUAAGCAGGCAAUGUGGGACGCGCUGAUGGAGGAGUUCUAUGUACCUGUAUCAGUAGACGCGCGCAGGGCACAACAGGAGGCUUUAUGUGAUAUUGGCCGUAAGCACCGCUCGUGGAAGUCGAGGUUCAAAACCAAACUACGUAUUAGAGACGGUGACACGCCCGAGAUUAUCCGUGCGAGAAUGCCGGACAAUUUUUUUGGCAACUAUGACGCAGAAGAUGUAGAGUUCCUGCUGAGAGAUUGGUGCCGUGAGCAAAAAAUCGCAACCUCUGAACGGAUGAAGAGGCUGCGUGAGCAGAAUGACCUUCCUCAUUGUACGGGAUCUAAAAGUUAUGCCAGAUUUAAUCACGAGGAGACAUGUACAUCUGGCACGCCCCCCACUCGCGCCGCGUCGUUCGUGAAGACCCACACAAGGAAGGACGGCACUCACGUGAACGAACGUACACGGGUCCUAUGCGAGAGGAUGACGCAGAGUUUAUCCAGUGAUCCAGCCGCCACGCAAAGCGUCUCCGCAGACACGGUGCGUUGGGCACCGAACGACGCUUACGAACAGGCGGUUGGGAGGCCUGAGUAUGCAGGGAGGGUUCGGCAGGUUGGGCCGAACGUCACACCUGUUCGGGGGACAUGUUUCUCAUAUAGGCCUCGGUCACAAGGGGGACCAUCUCAGGGCACGUCUCGGGAUUGGGCCGAAAACACUCGGAAGAUGGAAGAGAUGCAAGCGGAGCUACAGGCUGAGCGAGCGAGGAAUGACCUGUUGGAGCAGCGCCUGCGACAGGUUGAGGUCUUCAUGUCCUCCAUGGGAGCAUCAGCACCAUGUCUUGGUACGCCUUCACCUGCACACGUAGGUAGUACGUCGUCUGUUAGUAGUGCAUCUGCAGGUAAUUCGACAACGGUUGGUACGUUGUCGCCUGUUGGACGACGGCUGACCCAGCAUUCCAUUGUCGCUACACCUUCGCCCGCUACACCAUUCCUUGCUCAGCAAUCGCCGGUUGGCGAUAACACGCCUGGGACGGUACCUCCUCAUUCGCAGGGACGCCCUUCAGAUUUGUAGAUAUUUUGUGUAAUUAAUUUUUAUGUGUAAAUAUUUGCUUAGUUAACGAAUACGUUAUUAACUUAUGAUUUGUGUAAUAUUAUUUUGUGUAGUUUUUCUGUAAAAUCAAUAUUUUGUUAUUUGUG